UUUAUCGAAAACGUUACCUUUUGACCGACCAGUGGGCUCACCCUCACGCAUUGUAGAACAUUCUUCUCUUUCCGGGCUUCAGGCUUCUCGGCCUCACUCUAACCUGCACAAGGAAUUCCUGCACAAGACCCACCAAAUUAAGUUGCCCCGAUGCGGCAACUCCAAUCUGUCCGACUCCCCCUGCCCUUCUACUCUCCUCGCCCACGUCCCUCUCGUCACUGUCUCCUCCGUCCCGCCACCUCCGCCAUGCAUUCCCGCGCCUCUUCCACUCCCCAUCAAGUCGACGAGGAGAAAGCCAAGCUGGAUGACCUAAAACAGCGACAAGCUAUUAGCUACCACAACCAGACCAAGCACUCCCUGACCUCGGGCUACGCCCGCGGCCCUCGAGGUCUCGACUGGGCCAAUCAGCCCAACCCCUUCCUCCGCUUUCUCUCAUCCCCACUUCUACCCCUUCUUCACCUCCCCCCUCAGCCUGGCGACUCUCCUUUGUACUCUUCCCUCUUCUCAUCCUCUCCCCCAGCUCCACCGCAGCCCCUCUCCCAUUCCACCCUCUCCCGCCUCCUCUAUGACUCCCUCUCCCUUUCCGCCUGGAAGACAACUGGCUUCUCCACGUGGUCCCUCCGCGUUAACCCCAGCAGCGGCAACCUCCACCCCACCGAGGCACACGUCCUCUCUCCUCCUCUGCCCUCUCUGUCAGCCAACCUUCCCUUCCUCGCUCACUACUCACCCAAAGACCAUUCCCUUGAGCUCCGUGCCCACGUCCCUCCGGACCUCUUCCACCUUCCCGCCGGAGAAUCAUCCUUCCUCGUAGCGCUCUCUUCCAUCUUCUGGCGCGAGGCUUGGAAGUACGGCGAGCGCGCCUUCCGCUACUGCAAUCACGACGUUGGUCACGCGAUCGCCGCGGUGGCGAUCGCCGCCGCUGCACUGGGAUGGGACGUACGCCUUCUCGACGGCCUAGGCCACGAGGAUCUCCAUUGUUUUCUUGGUCUGGAUUCUGCAAAUCCUUCUUUGCCUCCCCAGCUGCCCGAACGUCCCGUUCGAGGUCGCUUCCCUUGGAUCGAAUCCCAGCACCCGGACUGCCUCCUCCUCCUCUUCCCCUUUGGCAAGCCGCCCACCGUGGACUAUCAAUCACUCAGCGCCGCCUUUUCCGGCUUUUCCUCCCUCAAUUGGAUGGGAAACCCUAAUUCACUUAGUAAGGACCAUGUAUUCUGGGACAUCAUUUACCGCACCGCUGAGGCCGUAAAGAAGCCGCUUACGGUUGGUGAGGGCUUUUUCGUCAACCCAUUACACGCCAGCGGUCUGAUAUCAGAGAAUUUGUAUGAGAAAAUUUCUGUGCGGGAAGUUGUCAGGAAGCGUAGGAGUGCUGUAGACAUGGAUGGAGUUCAUGCUAUGGAACGUAAUACUUUCUACCAGAUUCUUCUGCAUUGUCUUCCAUCGGGGCAGUUGGGGCCUGGAGAAAAGCAGGGCAAGCAGUUUGCUCUGCCCUUUAGGUCUAUGACUUGGGAUGCGGAGGUUCAUGCCGUAUUAUUUGUUCAUAGGGUCAAGGAUCUGGCUCAAGGAUUAUAUUUCUUGGUGAGAAAUGAAGAUCAUUUUGAUAGACUGAAGAUGGCAAUGACAUCGGAGUUUGAAUGGGCAAGACCGGAGGGCUGCCCACAUGGCUUGCCUUUGUAUAGGCUUGCGACGGGUAAUUGUGUGGAACUUGCCAAACAACUAUCUUGUCAUCAGGAUAUUGCAUCAGAUGGGUGCUUUAGCCUUGGCAUGGUUGCUCAUUUUGAACCGGUUUUACGUGAAAGAAAUGCUUGGAUGUAUCCUCGUCUAUUCUGGGAAACAGGAGUUCUUGGUCAGAUAUUGUAUCUUGAAGCUCACGCAGUUGGCUUAUCUGCCACUGGAAUCGGAUGCUAUUUUGAUGAUGAUGUUCACAAGGUUCUUGGCUUGAAGGGAUUGGAGUUCCAGAGCCUCUAUCAUUUUACUAUUGGAAGUCCAGUAUUAGACAACCGAAUCAUGAGCUUGCCCGCUUAUCCUGGUCCAAGCAUUGACGCAUGAUCUCAAAUGGCAAACUUUCUAUGUCAAUCUUAUCCUGAAAGUCAUUCCUUUUAUGAAGCUACACAUACUAUCAGCCUAAAUAAUUUUACAUCGAAAAUUUAUAUGCACGACAUAGCAACAAAAGAAAAAUGCGUAUAGUUUGUAUCGCAUUGUAAAAUUUGCAGCUAGAAAAAAAUAAAAAUAAAAACUUUUUUUU